AUGCCUCAAAAAGAAAGAGACGAAAUCAUGAAGGAAUUCAGAGAAGGCCAAAGUAGGGUUUUGAUUGCCACGGACGUUUGGGGCAGAGGGCUCGACGUCCAACAGGUGUCGCUGGUUAUAAAUUAUGAUCUCCCGAACAGUCGUGAGCUGUACAUACACCGCAUUGGCCGUUCGGGACGAUACGGAAGAAAGGGUGUUGCCAUCAACUUUGUUAAGAAUGACGAUAUCCGCAUCUUAAGAGAUAUUGAGCAGUACUAUGCGACGCAGAUUGAUGAGAUGCCAAUGAAUGUGGCAGACCUGAUCUAA